ACCUCCGCACUGUCGUGUCGUGUGUUGUCGCCUUGCCUGUGCCUAUUUAGGAGCGUCAAGACAGUCGCCUCCUCCGCUCUCGUUUCCCAGACCGCACUGGUGUUGUUGUAUUUGUAGAGUAAGCGGGCUGCCCCAUACACCCGCCAGCCGCCGCGUACACCAUCACACCGAUUGUGCCCUCUAGACGCUGUUUUACGCCCACCGCAAUCACGUCUGCCCGUCUAUAUACACCGAAGCCCCCGCGACUCCUGACACGCCCGGUACCAUGGCCGAAAACCCCAGACUCGCACGCGUUCGACAAGGCAACUCGGCGCGCUCACGACGGCCCCAGAGAGACGCCAGCACCUCACGCUCCGACUCUUCCGCCUCGACCUCGCCCGAGCGCGGCUACGACGAUGAAGACAAGGACUCCAUCAUGCUGCAGUCCAACGACUCGCUCUCGUCGCUGGCGCCUUCAGUAUCGCCCGACUCGGACGACGAGGCUCGCCGGCGGGCCAUCGAAGAGCAGAACCGCGUCUCGCCCGUCUCCCGCCUGCCCGCCGAGCUCAUGAUCGCCGUCUUCGCAAAACUCUCCUCCCCCGCCGACCUCAAGAACUGCAUGCUCGUCUCCAAGACGUGGGCAGGAAACAGCGUCGGCCUGCUCUGGCACCGCCCCUCAACGAACAAAUGGUCCAAUGUCAAGAGCGUCAUACAGACCGUCCAGACGGUCAACAGCUUCUUCGACUACAGCAGUCUGAUCAAACGUCUGAACUUGUCCGCCCUGGGCGGUGAAGUCAGCGACGGGACCCUGAAACCUCUCUCAAGUUGCAAGCGUGUUGAGCGCUUGACCCUGACCAACUGCACAAGACUGUCCGACCUUAGUCUGGAGGCCAUGCUCGAGGACAACCGCUACAUCCUCGCCCUGGAUGUCACCAACGUCGAGUCCAUCACCGACAGGUCAAUGUUCGCUCUGGCCAAACACGCAGUCCGCCUGCAGGGUCUCAACAUCACAAACUGCAAGAGGAUCACAGACGAUUCGCUCGAGGAAGUUGCCAAGAAUUGCAGACAUCUGAAGCGCCUCAAGCUGAAUGGAUGCUCGCAACUCAGCGACAGGAGCAUCAUCGCCUUUGCCAGGAACUGCCGCUACAUCCUCGAAAUAGAUCUCCACGACUGCAAGAACCUCGACGAUGCCUCCAUCACUACGCUCAUCACAGAAGGUCCCAACCUCCGCGAGCUACGAUUAGCCCAUUGCGCCAAGAUCACCGACCAGGCCUUCCUCCGUCUCCCCGCCGAGGCUACCUACGACUGCCUACGUAUCCUAGAUCUUACCGGUUGCGACGAACUACAGGACUCUGGUGUCCAGAAGAUAGUCCACGCAGCUCCACGGCUUCGCAACCUGGUCCUCGCCAAGUGUCGAAACAUUACCGACAGAGCCGUCAUGGCCAUCACUCGUCUGGGCAAGAACCUCCACUACAUACAUUUGGGACAUUGCGCCAACAUCACAGAUGUCGGUGUCGCGCAGCUGGUCAAGCUAUGCAACCGCAUACGGUACAUUGAUCUCGCAUGCUGCAUUGCUCUCACCGACGCCUCGGUUAUGCAACUCGCUGCUCUACCCAAGCUCAAGCGCAUUGGUCUGGUCAAGUGUGCGGCCAUAACGGACCGCAGCAUACUAGCACUCGCCAAACCGAAGCAAAUUGGCUCCAGCGGUCCCAUCGCACCCAGCGUGCUCGAGAGAGUGCAUCUCAGCUACUGCACCAAUCUCUCCUUAGCCGGCAUCCAUGCGCUCCUCAACAAUUGCCCCCGCCUGACCCACCUCUCUCUCACUGGCGUCCAAGCUUUCCUUCGUGAUGAUCUUCUCGCCUUCUGCCGCGAGGCACCCCCCGAAUUCAACGAUCACCAGCGUGAAGUGUUCUGCGUCUUCAGCGGCGUUGGCGUACAACGUCUGCGCGUCUUCAUGAACACUAACGGUGGAGACGACGUUGAUAACGAGGACAACGCUUUCGAUCUCAACGACGGCACCAUGUACCACGAGGAGGAGGAUGGUGAUAACAUGGUCGUUGUCACCGCACAAGCGAACAUAAUGGCCAUUGACGAAGAAGACGACUUCGGCAACGACGACAGCGAGAUGGCAGGGCAAGAUUAGGAAAUUCGCGCACCGCGCGAGCAUCGAAGGCGGUCAACUGCACAGCCAUCGAACGUUUCCUGAUUUCUUAGUGUCUGCAUCGCUCAUUUUAAAUGUUCGCAGCCGCUUUUUCAGCAUUUAUAGAGGUGUUUGGAGGUGUUGGUCUCUUUGGCAUCAUUAGCGGCGCUAUAGGAUAUUAUCGUUUCUGUAAGGGUACAGAAACGAACAGUUGGUCUGACAGGCCUCACCUCGGUGGCGAUUAUACCCUUUUUGCGUUUCUUUAGCUUUUUAUUCGUAGAAUAGCGCGUGCAGGGAAGACGUUGAGAUCUCCAGACCAGGAGCAUCACGGACAGAUGGGCGCACAGC